AUGAGUCGCCUGUCUCCCACCGCACCUUCUUUUCAACCUAGCAAUCCCCCCGCUUCUAUCCAGAUCAGACAAGCCUACUUGGCCGGAGGAGGAAGAAGAGGACAUACCAUGUUCCCGCACCGCUCAAGAGCCUCAAAUAGAGGUGGUCAAGGACGAUACAGCCAUUACCCUUAUCAUCGAUCAGACAUGGUGCCAUCUAGUGUCAGAGUUCCUAAUUCCCAGGUUGGAAUUACACCUGAACAGAAAGCCACCGGAUCAGAGAUCAUCGGCCAUAGCGAUGGCGACAAUCAACAAACGGCAUCGAACAUCAAAGCAGUUUUGAACACCGACGCUGACGAUGAAGGAGAUAUCAAGAAGGAGAAUGAUGCACCAACUAGACCACCUAUACAUCCGUAUAUGGCGGUCACUCCUGCUACUGAGGGAGAAGAGGUCCUUUCGGACCGAACCACACCUAUUUCCGGACAAAGUCAAGAAGCAGAUGACAUACUCAAGUAUGCCUUUCAAAGUCAAUUCUCGAAUGACUGGAGACAUAGGGAUAUCUCUCGAAUUCCCAAUUCCAAUCAGGAGAAUAUCUGGGAGAGUCAAAACAACCAUCUUCUAAUGAACAAUCACUCUCAAUCUGGGCGAAGCACUUAUGAAAGGUCAACCUUGGGUAAUCCUGCUCCUGCUCCUCGAGUUAAACGGGAGAACUCAAUCAGCUUGGCUUCAAAUGACGACCACGGCAGACACAGCCGCUUCUCAUCCGAGCAUAUCCGACUAGACGGCUUGGGAGAAGGAAGAUCAAGAAACGGGUAUGGUCGAACGCUCAUGGGCGGACAAGAGUCUGGUCGAGGAGUGAUUGGGAACACGUCUCUCGAAAGUGAUGAGAAUGGAGAUACUACUGUUGUAGUCAGCGAAGCAGGAUGUGAUAUCCCGAUGAUUCGAGAACCAUGGUCCACUCAAGCUCAAAUACCUCAAGGAAGUUGGGGAGGAGAGAUAAAAGCUAAUAUUGGUCCUCAUACCAUAUUCCUAAAUCCCGAUUUACCACCUUUGGCGAUUGAGCAUCCUGCAAGAGUUUGGAACUCGAUGAUCCAUUCUCUCGAAUCUCACCUUCAACCGGUCAUAAAAUGGGACUAUGAGAAGGUCUUGCUUCAACACCAAGGUCAAGACACACUCUGGAUGGCUCAGCUCACCCUCGUACUUCCCUCGACCCAUCCGACUAUCACUGGACACCCCUUGUUUCGAAGUUUACCUAAGAAUCAAUGGAAGAAGGAAUACGUGGCGGCUGUGGAAGCGAUAGGUGGAGUCAAGAAGUGGGUUGGUGAGCCCAGAAAACUCAAGGCCGACGCUCAGAACACCACUCUGGUCAAGUGCAUCUCUGAAGAUGCUCUCGCUUGGGUCCUAGCUCCCAAUGGCGUUCGAGAGUUCCAAGAGAGCGACGAUGAAGAUGAAGACGAGGCGAUUGCCAAUCCAAAUACUGGAAUGACUAACGUUUACUCCGCUCAGAACGAUUCUGGCAAUCAAUUCCAACAUCUUCAUCCUGGACUUCAAAGCAUGGUGCUUCAUGCGCCUUCGCAGUCGGAUGAAACAAAACUGCAGCCUGGUUCCGAGGCGCACAGUUUCGAGAUUCAAAUCGAUGAAGAUGACAUUGGAACGUCAUUCCAACUCUUCAUGGAUGCACUUCAUCGAACACUCGGUCCUGGAGGCGUCGAUAUACCUAAUCCCGCAUCUUUCUCAUCUAAUUGGGAACCGUUUACCAAUAAAUUUGGCUGUACUCUAACGAUCGGCUCGCCUGGAAAUGUCAGGUUAUAUCAAGAACCGAGCACUCACACUUACGCCGAAGAAGCUCAAAAUGCCGUUUGUCAAAAAGCCUUGGACCUCAACGUCGUUGGGUUGAUGGAAUGGCUCAAGGAAAGCCUUUUACCUCCCGCGCCACGAACUGUCGACCCUAUUUCUGAAGAGCAGCCUAAGGAGAUUAUUGUGAGACCGCCUCAAUCUGUUGAAGGUAGUGUUGCUAUUCCAGUGAAAGAUUAUAAGCCUAGUUGGCAAAGUGAAUUAGCAGCUUUCUGCUCUGGAACGGGGAGGCCGCCUCCAGAAUAUCAUGAACAAAGUAUCAUGUAUGAAGGGAUUCCCGAGGUCGUUAGCGAAGUGACAAUCGGGGCUCAAACUUUCUCCGUCCCGAAGCAUGGGAGAUCGACCGAAGAAGUCCAAGAAUACCUCGCUAGGAGAGUUCUGAUGGAUCAUUUUGGCUUCAAGCCUAGAGAAGAGGCACCUCUGGUAGUAUCAACUUCUAAAUCAUGA